CCGGUUUGAAAAUUAUGGGUUACGGCUACGUUUAGUUCGUUUCAUACUGGCACAAGUCCGAAUGAGAAUUUGAGUUAUUUAAUACACAGACUUAAAGACAGGUCGGGGGGACGAGUCACGAGCCCAAUACUAUUCUUGGCAAUAGCCUCGAUUUUUGUGUGCGACUCCGAGCAGCAACCAACGCUAAUAUUUUCGUUCCUGACAAUACCUGACAAACUGUUACGCCACACUGGAUUCUUGUUUUACGCCAGACGGUAAAUUCUGCAUCCCUUCCUCACGAGACACUGCAGCUGGAGCGCCGUCGUGGUGCAGACGCGGCGCAGAGAGAGAAUUUUCGAACGUGUUCGUCCAGCGCGGACCUCGGGGGGCGCUGGGAGGGUCCGACUCCGGCAGAGCGGGUUAUUACAGGGGUAUUUCAGGGAGGGACGGGCCAGUGUGAAUAACAGCGCAGUCAGGACUCGAGGAGGAGAUCGACCACCAUCCCGCCUCCUCAGUCAGUCCGUCCGAAGGGGAGCGCAGACACACGACAACUGAGCAUCUCAGCGCUUCAUACUCAUUCAUCGGGAAACUUGGACCGCUCGGCUCGCCGAAUCAAUCGGGCGCCGCGGGAAGGUGGUAAGAAGACAGCAGACGUUAAACACAGCACAGAGUCUUGACACGGACGCACAGCCGUCGUCCUCCCACGCCGGACAUGGAGCAGGAGCAUUUCGACGAGCGGGACAAGGCGCAGAGGCACCGCGGCGGCGGGAGCGGCGCGAGCGGCGGGAGCGCGCGGGCCAACGGGCUGCCGAGCCCGUCCCACAGCGCGCACUGCAGCCUGUACCGCGCGCGCACCCUCAAGACGCUCAGCUCCGAGAAGAAGGCCAAGAAGGUGCGCUUCUACCGCAACGGGGACCGCUACUUCAACGGCAUUGCGUACGCCGUGUCGCAGGAUCGCUUCCGCUCCUUCGACGCGCUGCUCGCCGACCUCACGCGCGCGCUCUCCGACAACGUGAACUUGCCACAGGGGGUGCGCGCCAUAUACGCCGCCGACGGGGGUAAGAAGAUAACGAGCAUCGAGCAGCUGGUGGAAGGUGAGAGCUAUGUGUGCAGUUCCAUAGAACCCUUCAAGAAGCUAGACUACACCAAGAAUGUGAACCCCAACUGGUCGGUAAAUGUGAAGACUUCCUCAUCCACCCGUGGACCCCCCUCCCUAGCUAGUUUUAAAGCCAAUGCCCCGGAAAUCCGGGAGAACAGGGACUUCAUCCGACCCAAGCUGGUGACCAUUGUCCGCAGCGGGGUCAAGCCCCGUAGGGCUGUGCGCAUCCUACUCAACAAGAAGACAGCCCACUCCUUUGAGCAGGUGCUCACUGACAUCACUGAUGCCAUCAAGCUUGACUCUGGGGUUGUCAAGAAGCUUUACACCCUUGAUGGAAAGCAGGUCACCUGCCUUCAGGACUUCUUUGGUGAGGAUGACAUCUUCAUCGCAUGUGGCCCUGAGAAAUACCGAUACCAGGACGACCUCCUGUUGGAUGAUAGCGAGUGCCGGGUGGUGAAGUCUACGUCCUGUGGCAAGAUUACCACUUCCCAGGCCAGGGUGUCCCCCAAAGGGACUGUGCCGACUCGCCAGAGUAAGUCCCCAGCCUCCAUCGGCUCAGUCAAUGGGACCCCAGGCAGCCAGCUGUCCACCCCCCACUCCGCCAAGUCCCCCAGCCCCUCCCCAACCAGCCCUGGGAGCCUUCAGAGACGCCGGGGGUCCCAGAACAACGGCUCCUCCCUGUCUCUGGCCUCCACCAAAGUCUGCAGCUCUGUAGAGGAGGGAGAAAGAGCAGUGACUGAAACUGAGUUGAUGGAUGAGUGUUCCCCUGUUCCUGCCUCCAUUGCUGAGAGGUACAAGGUGGGAAGGACCAUUGGUGACGGAAACUUUGCCGUAGUCCGGGAGUGCGUGGAGCGAUCGACUGGAAGGGAAUAUGCUCUGAAAAUCAUCAACAAAAGCAAAUGCAGAGGAAAGGAACACAUGAUCCAGAACGAGGUGUCGAUCCUCCGACGGGUAAAGCACCCCAACAUUGUGCUACUCAUUGAGGAGAUGGACACAUACAGUGAGCUGUACUUAGUCAUGGAGCUGGUCAAGGGGGGUGACCUCUUCGAUGCCAUCACCUCCACCAGUAAAUACACAGAGCGGGAUGCUAGUGGCAUGCUCUUCAACCUGGCCAAUGCCAUCAAGUACCUGCACAGCCUCAACAUUGUCCAUCGUGACAUUAAGCCAGAGAACCUGCUGGUCUACGAACACCAAGAUGGUAGCAAGUCCCUCAAGCUUGGUGAUUUUGGCUUGGCCACAGUGGUGGAUGGACCCCUGUACACUGUCUGUGGGACCCCCACAUAUGUAGCACCGGAGAUCAUCGCAGAGAGUGGAUAUGGCCUAAAGGUGGACAUCUGGGCUGCUGGUGUCAUCACCUACAUCCUGCUGUGUGGUUUCCCUCCGUUCCGUGGAAGUAGUGAAGACCAAGAAGUCCUCUUCGAUCAGAUUCUUAUGGGACAGCUAGAUUUUCCUUUACCAUACUGGGACAAUGUUUCAGACUCUGCAAAGGAGGUGAUCACCUGUAUGCUCCAGGUGGAUGUGGAUCAGCGUUACACCGCCUUGCAAGUACUGGAACAUCCCUGGGUCAACGAGGGUGGCUUGCCGGAGAACGAGCACCAGCUGUCUGUAGCAGGGAAGAUUAAGAAGCAUUUCAACACUGGUUCCAGUCCUGAUGGCACCACAGCUGGGGGAUCUGUCACUGAGCUCGACCACAGCUUAACCAUCCAGAGAUCCGGAUCUUUGGACUUCUAUCAGCACCCAGGAAUGUAUUGGAUAAGGCCGCCGCUGCUGAUAAGGAGGGGCAGGUUUUCGGAUGAGGAUGCCACUCGGAUGUGAUGGCGGCACCCUGUGCUCCACCCAGCAGCUUCGGUACCCUGUCACCUGCGCCGCACCGGAGUCCGACGACUUCUCCUCCAGCUCCUUCCAGACCGUCCGCUCGCUCCCACUGCCCCCCGCCCCACCCACAGGGGAAGAGAUGCAGGGGGGGGGUGAUGGGGGGGACAGAGGGAGGUGAAGGGAAAUGGGUAAAGCCAGCGACAUUGGGCAAGCACAGCAGUGUGAAGACAGCCCCGCCUGCCGGGUCAUGCCAGUGCACAGGGCUCCGCAGCGGAGGCUCAUACUCUGUAUAUUUGCCUCAUUUGUAUCUUACCAAUUAUUGUUCCUUACUGUAAGCUUAUUUUUCCUUUUUUUUUUUUUUUUUUACUUUACAGUUAACCAGAGAAUGAGGGAAAUGUACCAUUGAAAUGAAAUGUCAGUGAUUUAUUUUCCACUGUAUUUAAGUUCUUUCAUUGAGACUGACACUUGGGGGGUGCUCGAGUGACUGUGAUAUUUUAGAAUCAUGCCUUUACUCCCUGCCUGUCUGACCUCUUAUGGAAAAGACCUAUAUCAAUAGAUGAAGAAAUAUAUAUUUUUUAUUUAUAUCUAUGUAUCGUAUAUGAUAAAUCAAAUCUAUCAUUGUUGCUUUAAAACACGCAACAGCAUGCAUACAGUGCAGAAUCGACGUAAAAGUAUAUGUCAGUUUUCUGUGUGCUGCAGUACAUGCAUAACAUGACAUAUAUGGACGUGGCAAUCAGUGAUACGGUUUGCAAUAUAUGGAAUAUCUGCAGACGAGUUGCUUUUUCCAACGGGGGACCCUUCCCGAGUCAUUUUCUUUUCACUCCACGUGGACGUUUUCGGCACGAGGCCGGGCCCGUAAACGUCUCCUUCCCGAAAGCCGAGACGUCGAGACGUCUGUCAUAUUUGGAGCGAAGACAAAGCGGGGCCUUUUGUUGAGUCUGGCGCGGAGGGUGUGAGCGGAGGGUGACCGUGUGUCGGUCCACUCCCCGCUAGCAGAUGCCUUACACAUUUUGUAGAAACAAAACUCAGUGGCUGGCGAACUGUGUGUGUUUUGUGAAACUUGUCAAGUGUGAUUUUAGCAACGGUUUCACUCUGUGUACAUAAUAGGUUUAUUUUGAUAGCUGAACCUUUAUUUAUUUAUUUAUUUCUCUAUCUAUGAAAAGGACAAAAGGGCCCAUGUAAUCACAGCACCAGGUUGCACCGCAAACGCGCCAACACCUUCAGCUGCUGUGUGGAGGAGAGUGUAAAACGGGGGCGGGUCCUGGCCGGACCUUCCCGCAACCGCACGUGUCCGUCGCGCGCGCAUACAUGAUACGCACACAGGCACGCGCGACUCAACGGGGACGUGAUUGGGUGACGCACAGCUGCAGCAAACCGUCAAGGCGAAGUCCGCGCGCACCCGCCAGCACCAGCGCUGAAGAAGGAACUGCCGCAUUACUUAAAACUGUUUUUUUUUUUAACCACUUUGUACAUUUUGUUGACAUCGUUUUCAUUCUCGGUACGUUCCGGUGUAGGAUACGAACUGUAAAGAAAGAACAUGUAAAGACGGCACUGGCCCGUUUCAUUUAAGCACAGCACGUUCAGUGAAUCAUCUUUGACAGGAAACAGCGCCGCCCAGCGGACAGGUCUGUCCUAUCAUGUCGUGGCUUCAGCGCGAAGGUUCUCCAAAGCGCCGCUAAGCUGCACCG